UUUUGAUUAGGAUAAAAACAAGUAGAGCCUAGCAGUGCGUUUUAAGUUUUUUAUUUAAAGUAUUAAUUAAUUGAGUAAUAGAUUAGAAAAUCCUUCAUUCAUAAGUGUGCAGGAAUUAUUCUUAUCACCUCAGUAAACAAAAAAUGGCUAAAUUCAAACUAAAAAAACCAUCGAAACGGCAGCCUGCAAGACUUCGUUAUAAAAUAGAGAAAAAAGUUAGAGAUCAUAAUAAAAAGCUCAAAAAAGAAGCAAAGAAGAAUCCCAAAUCAAAGAAACCUAAAGCUCUAGUUGUUCCAAAUGUCUGCCCUUUCAAAGAAGAUAUUUUAAAAGAAGUAGAAGCAGUUAAGAAGCACAAAGAAGAGGAAAGACAAAAGAGAAAAGAAAUUGCUAAACUAGAAAGACAGAAAAAAAUAGAAGAAAAGAAAAAUAGCAAAAUCAGUAUGGACACCCUGGUAGCAAAUGCAGAAGCAAGAGGAAAGGUCCAUGAAGUAUUCAAAGGUGUUGCUAAUGGUAAUGAUGAUGUGGAAUUCGGCAAGGAUAGAAAUCAAGAAAAUUCACUAAAAACUUAUCAUAGAGAGUUUAAAAAAGUUAUAUCAGAAGCAGAAGUGAUCUUGGAAGUUGUUGAUGCCAGAGAUCCACUAGGAACUAGAUGUGUGCAAGUAGAAGAGGCAGUCAGAGAAGCAGGCAAACGUCUUGUCCUCGUCCUGAACAAAGCUGAUUUGGUACCGCGCGAUAACCUAACAACAUGGUUGAAGUACUUACGUCGGUCCGCUCCGGCGGUGCCAUUCAAAGCUUCUACUCAAGAUCAGCAGCAUAAUUUAGGUAGAAGGAAAAUGAAGCACAUAGUUAAGGAAAAAGAGAUGAAAGGUUCAGCUUGCGUAGGUGCAGAGUUGUUAAUGAGCCUUCUAGGUAACUACUGCCGUAAUAAAGGCAUCAAAACGUCCAUCACAGUGGGUGUUGUUGGUUUACCGAAUGUUGGAAAGAGUUCCAUCAUCAACAGCCUCAACAGAUCCAAGGCUUGCAAUGUGGGCAGUACUCCAGGUGUUACUAAACAAAUGCAAACCGUCCAACUGGACUCCAAAAUCAAGAUCUUAGACAGUCCCGGAAUAGUAUUUCACUCGGGCUCUGAUUCGGAUGCAUCUGUAGCGCUAAAGAAUGCGAUAAGAGUGGGAAGUCUUAAGGAUCCGGUGUCACCUGCCUCGGCUAUAUUGCAAAGGGCUAACAAGCAAACUUUGAUCGAUUUGUAUGCAGUUCCCGAGUUCAAUACCCCACAGGAAUUCUUCGCCAGUCUAGCGUCCCGUAUGGGUAGAUUCAAGAAAGGCGGUGUGCCAGACCAGGAAGCUGCAGCCAGGAUAUUACUCAACGAUUGGAACACUGGAAAAGUGAGGUAUUACACGGAACCUCCAGAGACCCCCGACUCCGAAGUCCACGUGGAUGCGAAGAUCGUCAGCGCUGUCGCUAAAGAAUUCGACAUCAAUUCAUUCGAGACCAUGGAGACUGAGGCUAUCAAUAUGCUCGCUUCGAAUACCACUGAUGCGGAUCCAAUCAAGAUAAACAGCACGGGGCCUGUGUCCAUCGACAACAGUAUGCAGGUUGAUGAAGAUGAGUCCGGAAUACUCCCUAAAGCAUUGAACAUAAGGUCCAAAUUAGAUAAGAGCAACAAAUCUAAUGAGCGCAUCAAAUCUGAUCCCGAAAUGUUGAUAGAAGGCAACACCAAGCAGAAUAAACUGAGGAAGAUGCAAUUCAAGAAGGAUAAAAAGCAGAAAGCUAGAACAGAGAAGCAAGCCACUAAUCUUGCUGGAGUACUAGAAAAUGUCACUUUAACAACUUACAAAAAGAAGGACGACUACGAUUUCAAAGAAGAUUUUUCGCUUUAGUAUUUCGCUAACUUUCAUUGUAUUGUUCUGUCAAUAAUACAUUUUUAUAUGUAUUAUUUUUUUAUUGUCAAAGUGAAUGGAAGUGUUGAAGCUGAUUGCUUAAGAUAUCGUUAUCGUUAACACUUAACAAUUCUCAAAGUUAUUUCCUUUGAUGAUGUUGAAAAACAUAAAUACAAUAAAUGUAUUAUUUAUAUAAUU